AUGUCCGGCCUUCCUCCUCAGAAGUUCCUCCCCCUCACCCCGGCUCCCCGGUCCAACUUCCUCUCGCUGGCCCCGGCCACCUCUCCCUCGUACCCCAAGAAGCCCGUCACCAGCUCGCGCUCGCACGCCAGGCCCGCUGCCCCUCGACGAUCUUCCAGCGGAUCCUCGAGCUCUAGCAGCUCCAACGGCUACCGCAUCCUCAAGCUCGGCCCCGUCCACUACGGCGAGCACGCCGAUGACCACCAGGCCGACUUCCACGAUGUCAUCCUCCACUGA